AUGUUGAAUAGAUAUCAUCUGUUAUUUCUUUUCGCAUGUCUGGUAUCUUCGGUUCACUGUGAGGAUCCUCCCCCUGAAAAAUUGGUUGAAAUGAAUUGCUUUGAUGCAACCUGUGAAACUCCUUUUCUUCGAGGUGAACUAAUUGUCGAUCUCCCUCAGUUCUCUCUUUCCAAAGGCGCACGGGCUGAAGUUAUCGCUCAGUCGCCUGAUUUUUAUCGAAUUAAGGUUGGCGAUGCCACCUAUGAUAUACCUAUCAGUGUCUUGAACAUCGACACACAUAUCCAUGAAGGACGAGAGCUGUGGAGGGCUCAAUUGUCACUUAUAAAUCCCGACUUUAUUUUUUCGGUUUCUUCUUCAGAAUCAGCACAAAGGAAGGAAUCACCAGCUAAUCUGAAUUUGGAUUCAACCGGGAAAGAGGUUCCUACUUCUCACUAUCACCCAUCUAAAAAGGAUAAAAAAGAUAAUUCAUCAGGUUCUAAAGAAUCUCUAAGCUCUACUUCUCCUUCCCCAUCUAUGGAGCAAAGAAUGCCAACAUCAAGUGACAAUGAGACUACUCUUGAUAAUAAAGAUCCUCAAGAAAUUCUCUCUCACCCCCCUGUCAAACCACUCAUGGAGCAAUCUCAUAAGGUGGAAAUUAAGGUAACUCCUCCACCGGAGAUCAAACAAUCGGAGGGAAAUUCAGGUAUUAAAAUGCAACCUAAGAGUAAGAAGCAGAAUAAUGAUAAACCCUCUGCGGAAAGUGGUUCUGAAACUGAACUUAAAUUUACACCUGCUUCUACAAUUAAAACUAUGGAACAGCCGCAGGAUAAAGUUAAAAAACGAAAUCAGGAUGAACAGCUGCAUGCAACCAAAAUUACACCUAAGGUAACCUCUGCUCCAGGCAUCAAAGCUGUGAAUCAGGAGCCACUACCCGAGAAACCUAAUUUGGAGGUCACCAAGGUGGGGGAAAUUGAAAAGCAACCCUCUGUUGAGACGGCUCCGAAUCUGGAGAAAACAGCACAAAUUAAGGAUCUUCCUGGGGUGGUAGAAGUCCAGGCACAAAAUAUCAAAGCUGUUGACCCAAAUAUUGAAUCAAUUGUUAAAAUGGAAGAAUCUGAUAUUGCUCAUACAUCUAUAUCUGAUGGUGCUCAACAACAUGUAUCGGUUGAGUCGGUGAUGAAAACAGAUGAAAAGGCACCUUCUAAGGUAGAAGAAGCCAAAACACUAGAUAUUUCUGAAAUCGACCCUGCUUCACAUGUUAAAACCUUCUCAAAAAUUGAAGAAAUGGAGGUAACUUCUGUUCCUACAUUUCAACAACCGCCUGACCAACCUUAUGACCAGGCACCUCCAAAAGAGGGGGGUUUUAAAGAAUUUCCUAUUCCUAAGGAUGACUCCGUACCAGAGCUUCCAAACCAGAACUUUUCUGCGUCUAAAUUACUACCUAAACCUAAGGAAAGUAGCAAAUCGCCACCGGAAUCUGAGGGAACUGUGCAGCCUCCUGUCGAGAAUACUAUCAACCAGCCGGAAAUCCACAAUACUAUUGCUCAAGUCCAGUUGUCAGAUGAAUUGGAAAUGUUUAGGGACGAAUUAUUACCCACAUCUCCUCUGUUGGAUAUUGCUAAAGAGUCUAUUUUUUUUCAUUGUCUUUCCCUUGCUGCUAAUGGGACAUUUAAUGGAGAAAGGUCCUUUGUUGCUGCAAUUACUCUCUCUAUCGCUCGUCGCUACUUCAAUGCCGCUCAGACACUCCUUGGUAAACUUCCUCAUGGUCUCGUUUCCCCUCUCCAUAGUUUAUUCACUUUCACUUUUAAAACACCUCUUGUCUUCUUCAUCAGCUGGACUCUCUUUAUCACCUCUGUCGUUGUAACCUAUCUUGUUAUAAAGCUCGCAAAUAAGCUCCUCCUCUUUGGCUUCUCAUCAACUAAUGUAGAUGAUCCUACCCAAAGAUCCCUUUCACAGUGGCUUGCUAUAGAAGAAAAUGCCAACCUUUUAGCAGACAGUCUAGCAGACAAGGAGGAAGCUUAUGGGCGACUAAUUGUCUGGUCCACAAAAGUGAGUGAACGCUACGAGAAUCAGAACCGUCAUGCCGCAACCUCUUCCACACACGUUCACAACCAAUUGAGAGAUGCAAAAGCUGCUUUAGCGGAGAGUCUCAAGGAGAAUAAGGAACUUAAGGAUACUCAUGACGCUCUAGUAGAGCAAUUAUCUACUGUUAAAAGUGAAGCUACUUUCAAUACCGCUCAUCUUCGUGACGAGAUCAAUACGUUGAAUAAACGUCUGGAGGAGUGCACGCGACAAUACGGGGAGAGCAUUGCUGAAAAAGAAAGGCUAAAUGAUGAAAUUGUGAGUACACUGCGUGAUGAGAAGGCGGUUUUAGUACGAGAGGUAAAGAGCUAUCAAAGUCAAGUUGAAAGUGCUGAGAAGACCAUAAGUGAAUUGAAGGAGGCAAAUCAACGAUUUGAAGAGGAUUUAGCCAUUCGAGAUCGCGAGUUGUUAAGUGUGAAAGAGGCAUUUAUGGAGAUUAAGGUUGCAGAGUUGAGAAAUAAGAGUAAGAAGACAGUAGCCUCCCCAAUAACUCCAAAGAACAAGACAAGCGAAAAUAGAACUUCAGUUGAUGGUUGGGAAGUUGAAGAUCCUGAUUUGGAUGAUAUUAUUGUGGAGGUCGAAGGUGGCCAGCAAAGAGAGAAAGAGGAACUAAACGAUAGUGAUCUGCAGUCGGCUUUUGAUAGCCUCAAGGAAGUUGGGCGUCUUAAAGUUGCUCUCGAAGAGGCUGAGAAAUUGGCUCAUAAUGCUGCCUCGGCCAAAGAUCAGGAGACAAAAUUACGAGUCGAACUUGAGGAGAAAGUUGAUUCUCUUGAGAGUGAAAUAGAAGAAAUGCGGCAGAAAUUACGAACUGCUACUGAGAAGUUUGAAGCCUCAGAAACUAAGCUGGAAGUUCUUUCUGAUUACUUCCAUAAACGUGAAGCGGAGAGACAAAAGGAUUUGGGUAGGAAAGAGCUCUCACAGUCUGAAAUGUGUGAGGAGAUUGCGCUCCUUCGUGAGAAACUUCAAGCAUCCGAGGUUGAAGUUAACACACUUCGGGAACAGUUGUCUUCAGCUCGAAGAGAGCUAGCUGAAACGGAGAGGUCUAAUCGUCGUCACGUUAGUGAAUUAGAUAAGCGACUUCAUGAGAACCGAUUAGCAUCACGCUCUCUUGAGAAUCAGGUGAAGGAUCUCCGAACAGAAAAUGGUAUGUUGAGACAGAAGAUUUUUGUAGGCGAUCGUUUGGGAGUCUUCCCACCUGGAAUUCUACCUCCACCACCACCUCCCCCACCGCCACCCCAGGUGCUCUCUCUAGCUACCUCGAAACUUCCAGAAAAUCGGUCUAUUUCGAGGCAAUUAGAGAAAAGUCCUCCUCAUCUAUCUCAAGUGAACCUUCAACAGCAGCUCCCUCCGCCAUUCUUACCCUUUCCUCUAGCUGGUCCCGGAGGCUCCCAAUUUAUCCCACCACCUCCGCCUCCCCUUGGUAUGAUUUCACCGAGUCUCCUUAACUCUCAAAUUAACCCUAAUAGAUCUGUCCAAAGACCUGGCUCAACAACGUCAGGUAGCAAUCGGUCUGGCAAGCAGCCACACUAA